AUCAGCCCUAUCAGUGAAUAUUUUCAAGGAGAAACUGGACCUUCACUGGAAGGCAAUCUGUCAGGAUUAACACAGGUUCACCAACCUACUAUCCUUAUUACUGGAGACUGAAGACUGAAGGAUGACAGCUUGACACUCAAGGUCGUCAAAACGAAAAAGAGGUCAUUUCGGAGCUGAGGUCUACCGCGUCAAGUUUUUAAGUCACGUAUUUUCCAGAUGUCGGGAAACUCAUCACAGUCACAAUGUAUCAUAGAAUCGCUAGACAGUUUUUUCCGGUGUAUAUUAUCUGCUAAGUUAGAUGAUCAAAAAGUUCUGUCAAAUUCGGUACCGCUUAUUGGGAAACUAGUGUUCGCUGAUUCGAAAAUCACUUAUAGUGAAGCACUAUACUUAUUUUGUCGACUUGAACGUGAUUAUGUAUCUCUUGACAUAUUUCCUAAUAGAUCUUUAUUCUCACGAAAAGAGGACUGUUUAGAAUCAUAUAACUCAUUACGUGCUGGUUUUGACAGUGUAUUCAACAAUUCUACUUUGUCAAAUAAUGAGCUUUAUUUUUCUGUAUAUAUGCAAAUCUUAACUGCAUCCAGAGGACAAUUAAUAUCAUUAUAUCGAAAAAUUGCAGAAAAUCCCCUAUUAAUUAUUACAAGCUGUUCGUCACUCAUCAGUUCUCUCAAAAAUAUAUUAAACCAACUUUCAGUUACUGAAAAUGAACUUACCAAAGCAUUUUUCCAUAUAUCUCAAUCAAUCAAACUAGAAGUAGUCAUACUACAUGAAUUGCUUAGUGCUCAAAUUGCAAUAUCAGAUCUCAUGUUUUUGGAAUCUUUGCUUAGUUUAAAUCGAGCAAAAGAUAAUCUAGAUAAACUAGGUAAACUUCUGAACUCUAAAGGUAGUACUUCACCGUGUAAACAGUUACCACUUGUAGCAUGGCUUGAAUGCUUUUACGCUCAUUUGCUUAGUAAAUAUACUUUAUACUGGUUUGAAAUCUUGGUUCGUUCUGCAUCCAAUGUUCACGAAACUGAAGAAACGGCAAACUCAGAAAAUCUGAAUCUGGUUGCUAAUAUUACAAGAUUUCAACGAGAAUCUAAUGCACUAAAUAUCUCAUUAUUAUUCGAUACAACUUGUCAGUCAUUUCCGUUCCUUGGACAUGGUUAUGUUUUGAGAGGUUCUUUUGGUGAUGCACCAAAAGGAAUUGAAAGUAUUCCACCAAUUUUUAAUGCUCCGUUGGGUAGCUCAUUGUCUCCGGUUGAUAUUUACACAAUUGUUAUGCAAAUCAACAGUACUCUUCAUCUUAGUGGUGAUGAUAAAAUUGAUGUUAGUGAAGUUUUAAAGCAACCUCGUUAUGUAUAUGACGAGAAAUUGAAUCAUACAUAUUAUAUUAAAAAAUUAGAAUGUCGUGUAUUUUUAGCUCUGGUUUAUGAAGGUUUGAAAUCCCAUAAAGAUAAAUUAAUUAAUGAAUUCAUAUCAAUGCUUACAGAUACGAUUUGUUUACAUAAAGUAGUCAAUCUGCUGAAACAGCACCGACAACAGUUCUCUUCAUCAUCACCAUCUACUGAUCGAAAAAGUUUACGGUCAUUUUUUUUUCACUGAAUCUCCCUACUGUCCUUUUUUUAUCAAUCUCUAAUCGUUCUAGUCAGAUAAUUUAUACUUUUCAUUAAUCGCUUAUUGCACAGAUGAAGAAUUUUUAAGUGUGACUUUUCUAAAAAAAAAUGAAUAAUAAUUUGAAAUAAAGAAAUAUUAGUUGUAGUCUCUUAUUCAAUAUUCCUUUUGAGUGAAAUAACUUGCCAACUUUGUCUUUGAUAACUGAUAACGGUGCAAAAUUGUGUUUUACGGUACUUAGUUUGUUUCUAGAGGAUUACAUAAACAAGAUUUAAUUCGUAA